AUGGAGAUCCUUCGGCAGCACGGCGUCGCAGAAGAGAUCAUCAAGCAAGGUACACCACCACAUCAACUGAGCCAAGUCUCAUGGCAGACUUCCCUGGCCGGCGACGGUCCUUUUGAUCGUAAGAUUUUGGGAACCGUUUACACUUGGGGCUGCAAGUCCGGUACACCGGAGCACGCCACGUAUCUGCGAGAUGCGCCUCACUUGCCAACCAAUCUUCCACUGCUCCGUUCGGAACCCAUUCUGCGUGAUUUCGCGGAGAAACGCAACCCGGGCAAACUGCUCUUCCAUCAUAACGUCAGAGACUUCGAAGAAAAUGAAGACAGCGUUCUCGUCCACGUGACGGACAAAGAUGGGAAGGAGCAGGUCUAUCGUGCUAAGUACUUGGUCGGUGCUGAUGGUGGCAAGACCAUCGGUCCUAAGAUCGGUGUCGAGAUGGAAGGACCCAAAGGCCUUAGAAAGGUCGUAUCCACACAUUUUAAGGCCGACCUCUCCAAGUACUGGGACGACCGCACAGGUAUCACUCACUUUUGCAACCCCUCCUUGGGCCUAGGCAUGCGAAGUGGCUCGAUGCUUCCUCUAGGUCCGACAUGGGGACGAUUUUCGGAAGAAUGGCAGAUGCAUUUUGCCAUUGGCGCAGACGAACCUACAUUCCCGCGCGAAGAGGCAGUCUCGCGCAUCCGCCAGCUGCUGAAACUGCCUGAUCUCGAGCUAGAGGUCCUGAGUCUCAGCAAUUGGGUCCUGGAGAGAGUGCUGGCAACCAAGUACCAACAAGGCCGUGUCUUUAUCGGCGGCGACUCGGCCCACCGACAUCCUCCAACGACCGGUCUUGGGCUCAACACGGCGGUGCAAGACGCUCAAAACCUUGCAUGGAAGUUAGCAUUCGUCCUGCAGGGUAAGGCCUCAUCCAAGCUUCUAGACACCUACGAACAAGAGCGGCGGCCAAUCGGGAAAAUAAACUGCGAUUGGGCUCUUUUCACGUCUCGACGUCAUCAUGUCAUAGGGAAAGCUAUUGGACUUGAGGAAGGGAAGCCCGAGGUCAACGAAGCACACUUCACAGAAAUGUUUGACCCAGACUCUGAGAUCGGAAAAGCCUCGCGGGCUUAUUUGCAAUACGUCGUCGACGGUCAAAGGGUGGAACACCACGCCCAUGAAAUGGAUCUUGGUUUUGUCUAUCCACAAGGCUCCUUCGUGCCCGAUGGCUCGCUAGCUCCACCUCGCGAUCCUUUGCACCAACGUUAUACUCCGACAACCCGACCAGGUCACCGCCUGCCUCAUGCCUGGCUGAAUAUGAAAGGCAAGAUGUACUCUACGCAUGAUCUUGUGGGCCCCGAAGGCAACUUCCUGUUGAUCACUGAUCGAGACGGUGUGGAGUGGGUUCAGGCCGCCCGGAAGGCUGCCAAAGCCCGAUCCCUGAGGCUCAAUGUCGCACAAGUCGUUCAACCUUUGGAUAAACCAUCCGAUGAAGAAUAUGUCGAUCUCGAACAGCAUUGGGCAGAGGUUAAGGGCAUUGGAGCCAAGGGAGCGAUCCUUGUUCGUCCUGACAACAUCGUCGCUUGGAGAUCGCCUGGACCGGGCUCAGAGCAAGACAUAGGUCAUGCUUUUGAUCAGGUUCUUGGAAAAAACGCUAGUCUUACCGUCAACGGGUCGAAGUGA